AUGUCUUCACCGCCGGCGGGGAAUGGAAGUUCCACGCCAACUUCUUCUCCCCCGGCACCGUCCAGCGAUUCCAGAUAUGUUGCGCUUGGGGUUGGAGUUGGGAUUGGUGGGGCACUUGUGCUGGUUUGUGUGGGAAUUUUUGUCAUCUGGUAUAAAAGGAGGAAGAGACGCCUUGCUUUGGCGGGUUCGCUUUUGAUAACUCAACAAGGACCUAAAGAUGACCCGUAUGGUGGUCCGCGUGAGCAUUGGCAACAGAAUGCUCCUCCCCCACGAGCUAAUGCGGGUGGAAUGCUGCCAAAACCUAUUCCUCCACCAGGCAUUACCUGGAAUCCUCAGAUAUCUUCACUGGGUGUUCCAAAUCCCCCGCCACCACCUUCAGUGAGCAGCAGCUUGCGUUCUGAGAAUUCGCUCACACAACCAUCUUCAUCAAAGACCUCAUUCACUUAUCAUGAAUUAGCAUGUGCAACUGACAGUUUCUCCAACGCUAAUCUACUUGGUGAAGGUGGUUUUGGUUAUGUUCAUAAAGGAGUCCUCCCAAAUGGGAAGGAGGUUGCAAUAAAGCAGCUAAAGGUUGGAAGUGGGCAGGGGGAGCGUGAAUUUCAGGCUGAGGUUGAGUUUAUUAACCGUGUUCAUCACAGACACCUUGUUUCACUGGUUGGAUACUGCAUUUCUGAGUCUCAGAGGUUGUUGGUUUACGAGUUUGUUCCAAACAAAACACUGGAGUUCCAUUUACAUGGAGAGGGGCAACCUCCUUUAAAUUGGGCUACUAGGAUGAAAAUCGCCGUAGCCUCUGCGAAAGGAUUGGCAUAUUUGCACGAGGACUGUCAACCUAAAAUUAUACAUCGUGAUAUAAAGGCUGCCAAUAUCCUUCUUGAUUACAAUUUUGAGGCAAAGGUUGCUGAUUUUGGACUUGCUAGGUUUUAUACUGAUACUGAUACUCACAUCUCCACGCGCGUAAUGGGAACUUUUGGUUAUUUAGCUCCAGAGUAUGCACUUUCUGGGAAAUUGACUGAUAAGUCAGAUGUCUUUUCCUUUGGGGUCAUGCUUCUAGAGUUGAUCACAGGCCGCCGACCUAUUGAUAAAGCUCAGUUCUAUCUCGAUGAUAACAUUGUUGACUGGGCAAGGCCUUUGCUGACCCAAGCUCUUGAGGAUGGCAAUUUUGAUACCAUAGCUGAUCCAAGGUUGCAGAAGAACUAUGACUCUACUGAGAUUGCGCGAAUGGUUUCUUGUGCUGCUUGUUGUGUGCGUCAUUUGGCACGACGCAGACCACGAAUGAGCCAGAUCAUCCAAGCCUUGGAAGGAAACAUGUCUCUCGAUGAUUUAAAAGAUGGUAUUACACCUGGGCACAGCACGAUCUAUGGUUCUUAUGAAAGCUCAGAUUUGGACACUGCACAGUACAAAGAGGACUUGAAAAAAUUCAGGAAGUUGGCAUUAGAAAGCCAGGAGCACAAUUCCAGUGAAUGCAGUGGGCCCACCAGUGAGUUUGGUUUGCACCCAUCUGGGUCAAGCAGUGAAGGUUUGCAAAUUGCUCCAGAGAUUGGCUCAGAGCAGUCAAGGUGA